AUGAUAAUGUUUGACGUGGCUGCGAACCAAUUAGAAGGAGGCUUACCCAGUGAUUUAGGCUUUACUCUUCCGAAUCUUGAGAGAAUCUUUUUGAAUGGCAACCACCUCACUGGACUCAUUCCUAAGUCAAUAUCCAACGCCUCUAAUCUCAAUCUAUUCCAAAUCGGUUUGAACAACUUUAACGGGAAAGUUCCUUCUUUCUCAAAGAUAAGAAGACUCCGUUGGUUUUUGAUUGACGAAAACAACUUUGGAAGUGGGCAAUUUGCUGAUUUGGACUUCCUCUGCUCUUUAACCAAUUCCACAAACUUAUACCAUAUGGGUAUAGGGUUCAAUGCUUUUGGAGGACCAAUCCCUGACUGUAUCAGUAACCUCUCUAUCACCCUUACGCAUUUAUGGUUAGAUCUGAAUUAUUUUUCUGGAACCUUACCUUCUGGAAUUGGAAAUCUCAUCAAUUUGGAGAUCCUGGAUAUCAAUCACAAUAACAUCUCUGAGAACAUGCCUUCUGAGAUAGGAAAGUUGAACAAAAUGAAGGAUAUGGAUUUCUCCCAUAAUAAUUUUUCAGGGCAGAUACCAGAAUCUAUCGGGAAUUUAGGAAUGUUAACCAAAUUGGACUUGAGCAACAAUAAUCUUCAAGGCUCGAUACCGUCAUCUCUAGGCAAUUGCCAAAACCUACUUCUCUUGAACCUUUCAACCAACUACCUUAGCGGUAAUAUUCCCCCGGAAAUUAUGGGUCUCUCAUCUUUGUCGAUUUAUCUUGACUUGUCUCAAAAUAAUCUUACCGGCUCCCUUCCAAGAGAAGUUGGAAACUUGAAAAGUCUCGACAAAUUAUGUCUUGAUAGGAACAGAUUAUCUCAACAGAUUCCAAGUAGUAUCAGUAGUUGUACAUCCAUGGAAUUCCUUUAUAUACAAGAUAACUUUUUUGAAGGGCCCCUACCCUCGACUAUGAGUUCCAUGAAAGGCCUUCAGGUUUUAAAUGUUUCCAACAACCGAUUGUCUGGCCAAGUCCCGGAAUAUCUAAAGUCAUUGAAUUUGAUGAAUCUAAGCCUAUCUUACAAUAAUUUUGAGGGUGCAUUGCCUACAGGAGGAGUUUUUGGAAGUGCCAUUUCAACUUCAGUUGUUGGAAACGAGAAACUUUGCGGGGGACUGCCAGAUUUUCAACUACCCAAAUGCAACUACAAAGAGUCAAAAUGGACAAGAAUAAGUAGAACUGCGAAAAUUGUGAUAUCCACAUUCUCUGCUAUUGUAGGUGUAGUGUGCAUACUCACUUUGUUAUACUUCUUUUGGUUUGGAGACAAUAAGAAAGCAUCGCCUUCAAGCUCUUCUAAAGAUGGGCUUUUGCAUGUUUCUUAUCACAACCUAUUGAAAUCAACUGGUGGAUUCUCCUCCACCAAUUUGCUCGGCAUGGGCAAUUUUGGGUCUGUGUAUAGAGGGUUUCUUGAUCAAACUCAAUCGAUCGUGGCCAUCAAGAUUCUCGACCUUUCACGUCAUGGAGCUUCCAAAAGCUUCACAUCUGAGUGUCAAGCCUUGAGAAGAAUUCGACACCGUAAUCUUGUGAAGGUACUCACGGCAUGUUCUGGGUUUGAUUUCAAUGGAAAUGAUUUCAAGGCACUGGUUUAUGAAUUCAUGUCAAACGGGAGCUUGGAUGAAUGGUUGCACCCAACUACAUCACAAUAUACAAAGAGAAGCAAGUUGAGUCUACUUGACAGAGUGAAUAUUGCCAUUGAUGUUGCUUGUGCACUAGAUUAUCUCCAUCAUCACUGUGAAACACCGAUAGUUCAUUGUGAUCUAAAGCCAAGCAAUGUCCUUCUUGAUGAUGAAAUGACUGGACAUGUAGGCGAUUUCGGGCUUUCCAAGUUCCUCCCAGAAGCAACGCACAAGUUACUAGCCGAUCAGUCAAGCUCUGUCGAAUUAAAAGGAUCUUUUGGCUACAUAGCCCCAGGUAAUGAUGCAUCUGUUAGGUCUUUCAGUUUAUUUCCUUAUAUCAAACACGCAAUUAGAGACCGAUUCUUGGAAAAAAAAUACAGCUCGAUAAUUGCCGUAUCCACAAAAGGAGAUGUGUAUAGCUUUGGAGUCCUCAUUUUGGAGAUGUUCACAGGCAAGAGGCCAACCGAUGACAUGUUUGAAAAUGGGGUGAACCUUCAUCGCUUCGUAAAGGCAGCUUUGGUAGACCGAGUGGAAAAGGCAAUUGAUCCUAUUCUGCUUGAGGAAAUCGAGGAGUUGGAGAAAAAACGAACUGUCCCUCUGAAUGGCAAGAACAAAAGCUGGUUUAGUACUCUGGAGUGUUUGGUUUCGAUCAUCGAAAUAGGAGUCACUUGCUCUUCUGAAUCUCCAGGGGAACGAAUGGACAUUGGCGAUGCAUUGACUAAACUCCAAGGAAUUAGAAAGAAACUUAUUGAGUUCAUUGGCAUUGCCUAG